AUGGCUACCGGAGCCGCCGCAGUCCCCAGUGGCAUUGUGCCCACAGUUUCCACCAUCGCGAAGAAUCAUGACUUGGUUCUUCGUAUCACUUGGUACACAAGACCUUUGAGAGCUGGUGACGAUGGCCAUGACGGGAUCAGGGAUAUGUUCGACUUCCAGGUCACCCGACAACUCCUGAUCGACAAAUGCGAGUCUGCGUUCAUCAAGAAACUUUUGACGACCCGCCAGUUCGCCGAGGCUGGUAGACGUACCAUCAACAUCGUCGAACACAGUCCUCUUGCACUCGAGAUCGUCCUCUGCGUCAUCUAUCGCAAAGACGAAGCUUGGAGAACUUCUGCGCUGGGCCAAGAAGUGACUGCACGCACUCUAAGACGCGAUUUGCAGUCUUUGUGGGAUGUUGUGGCCUCCAAUCAAUUCUUCAUGAUCGACUUCUGGCACUUCGACAAUUGGUUUAACCUCUGGUAUGAGAGAAAUGGCAAUGAGCGUAACGAGAAGCUAUUGUAUCCCUGUCUCCAAUUCAAUCACGCCAAGGCCUUUCUCUCGGUUACCAAGCACCUAGUCUACAACCACGCUCACAUCGAAGAGUACAAGAACGAGAAACAUCCCGACUUGCAUGUUCCACCUCGCGUGAUCCGUGNNAGUCUCAUACUGUUUGGAUCAUGCUCUUCAACUGACAUGUAUGAAGAUCAGCUCAACUCGGCUCGUGGCCAUCUCAGAGUCCUUCUUACUAGAUGGCUCUGGGAACCCGCGAUGAAGUUGAUGACGGCCAGUUGCGAUUGCAAAGAGAAGACUUUCUACCAGUACUUCCAGGCACUUGUAAACACUGGAGGAUACCCCGUCGACCAGCAGAGUCGCAAGUCAGUCAAUAAAGUCUGUCAGCAACUUGGUGCAUUCCCACAACGCUUCAACCUGCCUGAAUCUAGCGAGAAUUGCAGAACUUGCAAUGACGACUGGGUCGGUAUCGUGGCGAGUGCGGUUCGUGAGGUUCAGAGACACUUUGAUGGCUUGUGCAUCGAUUGCAUGGACCACACUCAGCCCAAAUUCCUCGACGAGCACGCUGAUUACUGGAACCAUCUGGCAAACAAGAAGUGGGACAUGAAAUGCCGCGUCUCGCAUGGUCAAGCCUCCUGGUACUCUUCCUUCAGUAAGUCACUCUUGCGCCUGCGUUCAUUCAAAAAAUUACUAACAAGACACANNGUGGGGCGUGCCGACACCAGAAACUGGUUACUCAAGCGUGCGAAAUCUGGCAAGCACGCUAACGACUUCUGA